GGAUUCUGGAUCAAGCUCGCGACUUUGGAGCUUUCGGCCAGUAUUGAAGCAAUCAAUUGCCAGUCAAUUGGGGCUACCGCACUUACUUGCUGCCGCCUCGAUAACUCACAAUGGCCUCCUUUCCGACUACGGUGCGGUCAACCCGGAAUGUUGCGCAAAAUGUCCUGAGAAGGCAGCCCCUCCAUGACAUUGCCAUCACCCGUACUGGCAAGCCCAUUCUGCGAACCCAGGGCGGAAGAUCUUCUCUUGGUGGACACACUGCGACGGUUUUUGGCGCAACGGGCCAGGUUGGACGAUACAUCGUGAACAGACUCGCUCGUCAAGGAUGCACCGUUGUUAUCCCUUUCCGGGAGGAGAUGGCCAAGCGCCACCUGAAGGUCGCUGGUGACCUUGGUCGUGUUGUCUUCAUUGAGUACGACCUUCGAAACACCCAGUCUAUCGAGGAGAGCGUCAGACACUCGGACGUUGUUUACAACCUUGUUGGCCGCAACUACCCCACUAAAAACUUCUCUCUGGAAGAUGUUCAUGUUGAGGGGACUGAGCGGAUAGCUGAGGCUGUUGCCAAGUACGACGUGGACCGCUUCAUUCACAUGUCCAGUUACAACGCCAACCUGGAGUCUGCUUCCGAGUUCUAUCGCACCAAGGCCCGCGGCGAGCAGGUCGCUCGUAGCAUCUAUCCCGAGACCACCAUUGUGAGACCGGCACCAGUCUUCGGUUUCGAGGACAACCUCCUUCUGAAGCUUGCCAGCGUUAUGAACCUAUUCACGGCCAACAACAUGCAGGAAAGAUUCAGACCCGUCCAUUCCAUCGACGUCGGCCAGGCUCUUGAGCUGAUGCUCUAUGACGAUAGCACUGCCGGCCAAACGUACGAGCUUUACGGUCCCCAGGAAUACUCCAUGGCGGAGAUUGCUCAGUUCGCCGACCGUGAAAUCUUCAAGAAACGUCGCCACAUCAAUGUUCCAAAGUCCAUCCUGAAGCCUGUUGCUGGUCUCCUGAACAAGUAUCUCUGGUGGCCUACCAUGUCUGCCGAUGAGGUUGAGCGCGAGUUCAUCGACCAGGAGAUUGACGAGACGGCCAAGACCUUCAAGGAUCUCGGUAUUGAGCCCGGCGACAUUAGCAAGUUCACCUACCACUACCUGCAAGGUUACCGCAGUGCCAACUUCUACGACCUGCCCCCUGCGACGGAGAAGGAGAAGAGGGAGGAGCGCAAGUAUCUGCACGUUCUUGACGACCAGUAAAGUAAGCCUGGGUUCCAUAUGUAUGGGGGGAUUGAUUCUGGGCAAGCAAAGUCGUUUAGAGUGUAUAUAAGUAGUCAACUAGACACAGUUGCAAAAGUCGAA